AUGAAAAUAUCAAUCACCGUUAGCUGGGUAUAUCUGAAGGAUGUUUUGCAGAUUCAGGAAGUGACCAGGAGAGAUAAGACCAAUAACAUUACGCGAAAAAAACACCAGACCAUGAAGACAUGUUUCUACUUCAGAAAUCCUACUCCUUACCAGCAAAAUCUCCACAGGGCCCAAGAACAUUAUGACUAAAUAACCAUUUCAGAGAAUGAUUUUAUUAAACUGUUUCCCAGGUUUGUUACAGUUUUGCAUACAAUUGACCAGUUCUCUAAGUACAGUGGGGUAAGGAAAUUCAGGAAUCUAGUAAAAUAUAAUCUGGGUAGUAUUUGCAUUGAAUGAAUAUUGGUAUACAAAGGUUUUGACAGGAGAGCAUUUAUGUAUGAGAUAGGAAGGUCUUGUGGCACUAUCUAAACCAAUAAAUUUCCUUUUUUCCAAGGCUAAAUUCCUACAGGAAUAUCAGGUAAUAUGAGAGCAUACUGUAUAUUCUGGCCCCCUGUGGAUCUUGCAACAUCUUUUCUAGUCUUGUGUUCUUUCAAAGCAGACAGAUAUGGAUGAUACAUUAGCACUAGUUUUUCCUUUGUGAAGUUUGUUGACACAGACUUUUUUUCUUCCUGUGGAUUUAAUUUAAUUUAUGGAGGACAAGAGCAUUCCUUUUCCAUUUCUAAUAACGGUUCCUAAGAACACUAUCUAGACAAGCAAUAUUUGCAUACAAAACUGAGUAUCACAUUCAGAAGACAUGAGUUAUUAAAAGCACUGCUUACAUUAAAAUAUGUUAAGCAUUCAGUUUUUCUCUCAGAUGUAAAAUAAGAUAGAUCUCUGCUGGGAACGAUGACAGAAGGUCUCCUCAGACAUCCAGGCUGGAUUAACCAUCAGAAACAAUAGCAGAUUUGGGUUUUCUAUUUACUGUAGUAAACCAACCUUGUCUAUAAACUCCUUAUUGCUGCAAACUAAAGGUGUGUGUCUGGGGAGGGCAAGCUUUUCCCCUUGAUGUUCCAGGGCAUGGAAAUACAAUCCUUUUUCAGACACAGAUGUUUGCAAUAGAAAACUUUCACUCUGCUCUUCUGUUUUUAAUCUGCUCAUGACAGGAAACACAGAUUCAAAAUGAAUGUAAAGAACACAGCCACCACAACUGACAAUAAUACAAAAGAACAUGUAGGAAAGAUUUCUUUUUCCCAGUAUAUCAUAGGGAGAAAAGGUUUACAGAUUUCAGAAGAUUCUAGGUGUUUUUGUUUCCAAGUGGCUACCAGUACAAUGUUUUUCCAUUAACUUCACAGAAAAUAGUUCGUGAUGUUAUGACACUAUCAGCAGAUUCAGCACACGAAGGAUAAUAUCUUUUCAUUCUCUCUGCCAGAUCUUCAGCGCGUUCAAAUGGCUGUCCAGCUAAAGCUUUGUUGAGCAGGCAGAUUUAUAAAAAUGGACAAACUCUUCCAUAGCAUAUGAAAAAUGAAAACGGUAAGAGUAGUGGAUUCAUUGAGGCUUUCCAAAAUUUCAAAGAUGUGCUUUGAAACCACACCAGCCUACAUGUCUGAAGUGAAGGGGGUUUUUUUGCAUAGAAAUGUGAAGAGAGGGGCUGGACUCCUUGUGCUUUUUAUUUGCCUGUUCCAACUUCACCUCUGAUUCUGUAUUCUCUGGAUUCCACCCUAUCUGGUCUCCCAUCUCUGUCAUUUCAGGUUUGUCAAAAUGUCCUUUUCUUGCUUUUUUUGUUCAUGACAUAUCUUUCUAGCAUCCUUUGUUUAAAAAAAAAGAAUGCAAAUCACAUUAUGCAAUGCACGAUUUUGCAUACAGCAAUUUCUGCAAUCUCAUUUAUCACCCUGUACAUCAUACGCUUGAACAAGGUAUGUUGUGAACAUUCCCCAUUUUAGACAGUACCAGAGAAAUACAAUAGUAAAGUACAAUUCGCCUAGCAUCACACAAGAACUCUAGGACAAGUGGCAGGGAAUAAAUUUUGAUUUUUGAAAUGUAUUCAUUUUCUUUAAUCACUCUUCCCCUUUACAGUCAGCUGCCACUGCCACCAAACAACUUCUAAUUUCUACAUUAAACAAGAGAAAGAGGCUGUGGACAAAAACCUUAGAAGGACUACACACAUCCCUAAGUUUAGCAAGGCUGAAUCCUGUGUAAAGCACUGCCUCUUAAAAGCUUUAUGAAAUAUAUUUUAUUACCUACAGCCCUACUACGGGGUCCCUCCAAAAAAUGUAGACUCUGUGUUCUGCUGAUAGCACUAUCAUGCAUUUUACUAAUCACUCAGGCAUAUCCCUAAGUCAUCUUUUGAAUCUUUUGAUGGCAAUUUUCUUCGAGGUUUUUCCUCAAUUUUUCAGUAUUUUUUCCUAACCAAGGACACCCAAACUGAACUUUUUAUCUACUGUUCAAUACUCCAGUAGUGAGACAAAUAACUUAAUUCAUCAUUUCAGAAACAGGAUUGCAGUAGAUAUAAUUAUUUGUCCAACACAAAUUCUAGGUCUUUCAGCAAAGACUUCCAAGUAGUAUUUCAGGCUUGGUUGAAGAGGAAAAAAAAAACAACUACCUGAAUUCAUGUUUUUACUCCAGUUUUUUUCCAGUUUUUAUUCAGUUUUUUUAAAACAUAUUUUUGUUUUAACAUACUCUGAUUAUCAGAAUAAACUGAGUGAUGGCCAAGUUUCUGCUGUUAUUUACAAGUACUUGUGUCAAGGGCAGAUUUCAAAUAUGAAUUAUUCAGUGUAUUCUAGAUCACCACUGACACUACUGAGUAGGGUAGAGCAAGGGCUGUGGUAGAAGUUCACCACAGACGUCCACUUAAGUGUCUCCCAAUUCAAAUUUGACCAGUAUCUUUGGAAAGCUGUCAGCUAAUCAACGCUUAGUAUGUUAAAUGUGUGCUUUUCUGGUAAGUUUAAUUAGAAUGCUCUGUGGUACUAAUUCAAAGAUACUGAAAAAGCCUGAGAAGUAUUGCCUUUGUACAGCUACACAUAUUAACUCAAAUUCAUAUCUAUGAUCUGUACUUUCAUUCUUCAGUCUGUUACCACUGAAACCCACAGAGCUUUAUUCUUCAUCACUCUGCCUGAAACCAACGUCUGGUGCCUUGGUUGAUAACAACAUUAGAACAUUUCUAUUUAGGCGGUGCUGCAAAGCUUUCUCCUUGGUAAUCACACUCUUGCAAAAGCAGAUUUUUGACGUUUUACGUUCUAGUACCGUAUCGGGAAAUAAACCUAAGUUACGACCCAACGCGAGGUAAAGAUACCGCUUUAAAACGUAAAAAGCCUAUUAACCGCCCGCAGCGCUCCUGCACCGCUCCUGCACCGCCCCUCCCGCCGCCCUGCCCACAAACCGCUUCUCCAGGCCUGCGCAUGCGUACUCCGCACAGGCACCACACUAGGACACAUGCGCCGACAUUUCCGCGCUUCAGGCCCGAUUCACCCCCGCCCCUUCCCGCCUUCGCCAUGGCGACACCGGGCGGCGUGAUCCGGGCCCUGCACCGCGGGACCCUCGCACAGAAUGUGGUAAUGGAUCGGAUUUUCUCUGGUAUCCAGCCAACUGGGACACCUCAUCUUGGUAACUACCUUGGAGCUAUUCAGAACUGGGUGAAUCUGCAGGAAAAGUACAAUUCAGUGUUAUACAGCAUUAUGGACCUGCACUCUCUCACCAUGCCCAAGGAGCCAGCUGUCCUUCGACAAAACGUACUGGACACCACUGCUGCCAUCCUUGCCUGUGGGAUUGACCCAAGGAAGUGCUUCCUGUUCCGACAGUCACUGGUUCCUGAGCACACAGAACUUGCCUGGAUUCUUGGAUGCUUAACUAAUGUGCCACGGUUACUACGUUUGCCCCAGUGGAAGAUGAAAUGUGCCAGCCAGAAUAACGAUGGAAAUGUCGGUUUGUUGACUUAUCCUGUUCUUCAAGCAGCAGAUAUUUUGCUGUACAAGUCGACACAUGUUCCCGUUGGAGAAGAUCAAGUCCUGCACCUGGAACUAGCUCAAGAUAUAGCACAACAUUUUAACAAGAAAUAUGGAGAAUUCUUUCCUGUGCCUAAAGCCAUUUUGAGUACAACAAAGAAAAUAAAAUCCCUCAGAGAUCCAACAGUGAAGAUGUCUAAGUCAGACCCACAGAAGUUAGCUACUAUUAACAUAGCAGACAGCCCUGAGGAGAUAGUGCUGAAAUUCCGAAAGGCCGUGACUGACUUUACCUCUGAGGUGACUUAUGACCCAUCCAGUCGCCCUGGUGUCUCCAACCUGGUGUCCAUUCACGCUGCAGUAACUGGACUUAGCAUAGAAGAAGUGCUGCACCAAGCUGUUGGUCUUGACACUGCUCACUACAAAAUGGUGGUAGCAGAGGCAGUUAUUCAAAAAUUUACACCUGUCAGGAAUGAAAUCAAGAAACUCCAGGAAGACAAAACCUAUCUGAUAAAGAUUUUAGAGGCUGGAGCAGAGAAAGCCAAAGAACUGGCUACCCCCAUCUAUCAAGAAGUAAGAAGACUGGUGGGAUUUCAGUAGAAACUGGCAAGCAGUUGCAAGGUCUUCAGUCAUUUGCUCCUGGGACAGCUAUUUUGUUUGAAACAAACAGUUUGAAACAAAAACUUUUUUUUUUCUCUGCAAAAUCCAAGUAGAAUAGCUAAGCUGUUUACAUCAAAAAUGUGCGUGAAGCCAGUUCCUUCCAGUAGGACCAGCUCUGAACUUGUCAGGAUGGUCAGAGGACAAGGGUGCAGGCAAUCACAGUUAUGAAGAAAUUAUACAAAAGCAGGAUACAAGGUUGCUCGGAUGGUGUUUUGGGUUUUUCUUCCGACCACUACAAGAAGCUGAGGUAUAGGCAAGAUGGUUUUAAGAUAGUUGAAGGAGUUGUAAUCUUCUCAAGAACACCCUUAGCUGUUUAUGUGAUCUUGUUAGAGCUGGAUUACUUGUGGUUAUUCAGCUUUGAUACCAUGAUGGUCUGCUCUUGGAUAACCAGACAGCAGAGUUACAAAUCAGAAUGACUGGGGCUUUGGUGAUGAAGAGAGAACUUACUGCUUCUUCCUGUCAUUUCUUCAAACUCAGUGUAAUUUUGUAUCUACAUCAAGUUUGUGUGAGGUGAGUUAGUCAGAUACUGAUAUCCAUACAGUAGAACUCACUGUGGCUGCUAGUGCUAGACGGCCUCUUUGAUAGUCUCUCCAAAGAAUGCAGAGCAAAUGUGAAUUUCACUUCUGCCAGCACCGCCAUCCUCCUGAUCGAUUCUGAAGUUCUCUGUCAGGAAACUACACAGGCUUCAACUCAUCCUUUUCCACCUUCUUUUUGGUUUAGCAGGGAGCCCUGAGAUUUUCAGUUCAGCACCAAGUCUAGGAUUGCUUUAGGAAAGGUUCAGGGAGAAAAGAUGUGUGAAAGAGAUCUUAUGCUGAUCUGUGAGAGAACUUUCUAUAUAUUUUACAAAAUUAAUUAUUUAAAAAUUAUGCUCAGGUCAUAGCCAGGACUGUGCUAAAAUAAUUUAUCAAAAUAGAAUUAAAUAGAUCUUUGUGAAAUCUCACUGCUAAAUCUCACCUUCCUGGGUGUCCGGACGGAAUAGGGACUUGAAAGACAAUCAAAAAAUCAUGUGGAUGAUUGUCCUUAUAUGUUGGAGAAGUUGCCAUGGGCAAGUCAGCCGACUGCCUGCAUUACAGCCAUUUCCAUAAGAGAAAACAGUCAUUAUUGUCAUUGGUGACUGGGAAAAGAGGUCCCAAUACAAUGACUAGACCCAUUUGAUGGGGAAGUCUGCUGCACCCCUGUAUUAAAGAUGUUACAAGAAAACUUCCUAACCUAGUGCAGCCCCCAGAUUACUAACCAUUAAUGGUUUUUGAUGUAGGCAACAAUGAGAUCAGGAGAGGCAUUGUGGGCAAUCAGAAGGGUCUGUAGAUUCUUGGGACAAUUGGUUAAAGGUUUGGAAGUGCUGAUAGUGUUUUUCUUUAUCCUUCCAGAAUGAUAUCAGAAGAAAUAUCCAGGCAGAGCUUAUCAGUACAUGGCUUUUAGGCUGGUGUCACUGGCAAAAUUUUGGAUUUUUUUAUCACAGUAUGAUCAGUGCAGCACCAGGCCUGCUGGCACUUGACAAGAUGUACCUUUCUCAGAGAGGGAAAAUUGUUUGGUUUUUUUUUUCUGGGCUUAUUGAAAGAACUUUUAACGAGACUUGAAGAUGAAAAGGGAUUAAACGAGGCUUGCCAGUGAUAAGCUGGCAGUGAGAUGACACACCAGAGUUUGUAGGAUCAUGUGCAAGUGAGGUCCUUCAGUCUUCUCUACAAGAUACUGGGUACACUAGAGCACAUGUGAAAUUUUUCUGCAUUAAUGCAUACAGCAUGAGGAAUAAGCAGGAGGAACUAGAAGCCUUGGCUUUGUUCCAGACUUACAACAUUGUUGGUGUAAGCAACCCUUGGUAAGAAGAGUCCUGUGACUUAUGUAUCAUGUUGAACGAUUAUAGGCUUUUCAUGAGGGACAGACAGGGCAGGAGAGGCAGUGUGUGGCACUGUAUGUAAUGGAACAGCUUGGUAGUAUCAAGCUUACAAUUGGCAAUGAUAUGAUUUAGACCUUCUGGCUAAGUAUUACGGGACAAGCAGGCAAGUAGAUACCAUUGUGGUAGUCUGCUAUCACCACCCAGCCAGGACAACAACACAAAUUAAUUAUUAUGUAAAGAAGGAAGGGAUAUUUCUAGAUCAGCCACCCUUGUGCUAAUGGAUGACGUCAAUUUGUUAGGUGUUACCUGGGAGUACCACACAGUUGAUACAAACAGGUCCAUAACAUUCCUGAAACACUUUGUUGGUAACUUUUUUAACACUGGAAACAAGGUCAGGUGAUGUCAGUGUACUACAUAGGUGCUGUUCACCACUGUAGAGAGAAAAUUUGUACAGCCAAAGCUUAUUUAGGGUUGAAGUUGACCAGUACUGUGGGGAACGAAAAUAGUACUGUGGGGGACAACAAAAAGGACUUUUUAAAUGUAUGUUUUCAGAAAAAGGAGGACCAGAGAUUACACUGAUUAGUUACUUGGUGAGGAUGGUCGCCUCACAAAUAGGGACGUAGACAACACAAAGACAUUUAAUGCCUUCUUCACAUCUGUCUUUAACGUUGAUGAUAGGCCUUGACUAGAGCCCUGAGUUGAAGAACUAUGACUGUGAUAAUGAUAAACUCCCAACCAGCUCUAAUGUUAUGCCAGAUUUGCUGCUCCAGUAGAUGUAUUAUAUGUCUACUAGGCCUGAUGGGAUUCAUCCCAGGUUAUUCAAAAAGCUGGCUGAUGUCAUCUUGAGACCUCUCUCAACUAGUCUUCAGUGAUGUUGGGAAUCCAGUCUGGAAGGUAACAAAUGUUACAGUUUUCCAGAAGGGCAAGAAAGACCCUGGUAAUUAUAGAUCUUUCACUUCAGUGCCUUGAAAAAUUAUGAAGAAGAUUAUUCUGGGAGUUACUGAAAAAAAACCUGAAAGACAAUAUAGUUAUUGGUUACAGAUAACACAAGUUCACAAGGAAAAAAGUCCUCUUAGGACUAGUUUGCCUACUUAGCUGAACAAGGGAAGCCAGUCAAUCUUUCUGAAUUUCCGCAAAGCUUUUGAUACUGUUUCUCACAGUAUCCUUCUGAGGAAAUUGUCCAGAAUACUUAUAGACAAAUAAAUAAUAGAAUGGCUGAACAAUUGGCUGACAGUUGGGACUCGGGGUGUUAAGGUAAAUAGAGUUACAUCAGGCUGGUGAGGGUCCAUAGGGCUCCACUUGAGGGCCAGUUCUCUUCAGUGUUUUCAUAAGUGACUUGGAUACAGGACUUGAAGCUGUGCUCAGUAAAUUUGCAAACUAUUACAUUAGGAGAACCUGCUGAUUCCCUUGAUGGUAGAGGCCUUGCAGAGAGAUGCUGACAAAUUGGAGGGCUAAGCAAUCACCAACCAUGUGAAGUUUCAAUAGAGCAAGUGAUGGAUUCUGCACCUGAGACGAACUGUAUGUACAGACGGAAAGAUGAGAUGCUGAAGAGCAGCCCCACAGAAAGAGAUCUGCAUGUUCUGGUUGAUGGCGAGUUGAAUCUGAGUCAGCAGUGUGCCUUGGCAGCCUGAAGGGCCAGCUGUACCCUGUGGUGCAUCAGGCCCAGCACUGCCAGCUGGGCAAGGGAAGUGAUUGUCCCAGUCUUUGCUGUGCAGCCUCACUUCAAGCACUGAGUGCAGCUUUAGGUACCACAACAUAAGAAGAACAUAAAAUUAUUAGAAAGCAUCCAAAGGAAGGCUGCAAAGAUGGUUCAUUCAGCCCAGAGCAGAGGAGCUGAGGGGAGGCCUGAUGGCGGCUGCAGCUCCUGACAGGGAGCGGAGGGGCAGCG